UCACAGCUGCGCCUCUUGUGAUCUGACUCUCCUUCCUUUCCGUUAGCUUUCGUUUGAGCACCUCCGCGUGUCGAUCGGGUCAAGCACUCCCGAGAUACAGCACAGCCCUCACCCACACCCCUUAUGUGGGGCAUCUUUGCCCUUUUCGGGGUCCUGCUGCUAAGCAUGGGACGUAAGAGAGUAGACCCAGAGCAGGCCCAGAAGGCUGUAGAUGCGGUACGCAGCGGUGAGAUGUCGCUCCGCGUUGCUGCGAGGACCUACGGGUUACCGCUAGCCUCGCUGCACGACCGUGUGAAGAACAAGGUGGCCAUAGAUGCGAGGGUUGGUCCCGGGACUGUCCUGAGCAAGGAGGAGGAAGAUUUCGUAGAAGACGUCUUGAUCUACGCCUCCCGACACUUCUUGCUGUUGGGUCGGAGGGAGCUGAGAGACGCUGUGCGCAACAUCUGCACCGACGGGCGCAAGGUGCCCUGGGACCCAGACAAGGGCCCUGGGGACAGCUGGCUUGAGGGGUUUAUGGCGAGACACCCGGGUUUGUCGGAGCGAGCCACCCACAUCUACGAAGCAAACCGGAUUAACGAAGACGGCGAGCCUCGCCUUCAAGCUUUCUACAAAGCAUGGGCGGAGUACCUGGAGGAGACCAAGCUCCCGCCGGAACGCAUCCUCAACACGGAUGAGACAAGUUCGACCCCUCAAGGUACAAAGUCGGGGAAGGCAAUCGUCGCAAGAGGCACCAAGGUACCCGGCGCGAGGCGUUCCAAUUCGCGAGAAAAUACGACGGUGGUCGCCACCAUCGGUGCCGACGGCCACACGUUCCACCCUACCAUCAUCUUCAAAGGCCAGCGUAUGCAACCCGCUUGGAUCCAGGACAACAACGGCGUCCCCGAUGCGAAGUACACCGUCACGGAGUCAUCCUUCAUCCAGAGCCACGUCUUCCUGGACUACCUUCGAGACCUCCGCAAGCAGCUCGAUGCGCGCGGCUUGCUGGGCAAAGCUGCCCUUGUGCUCGACGGCCACGCCUCACACACGACCUUCGACGCCAUCAGCUUGGGCAUCUCCCUGGACAUGGACCUAUUCCAGCUUCCAUCCCACACAUCGCACAUCACCCAGCCCUUGGACGUCGGUACGUUCGGAACCUUCAAGAUGGAGAUCACCAAGGUGCUCACGGCCUACCCGCUAAAGAACGGGGGGAGGAGUCCGGUGAAGCGCGACAUGGCUGGCGUGAUUGUGGAGGCAUGGGCAGGGAGCUUCACGCCUGAGAACAACAAGGCGGCGUUCAAAGGGUCGGGCUUGUGGCCGGUGAGCAUGGAGAAAGCUAUCAACAGACUACACAGCAAGAGGAAGCAACGGGACCAUGACCGCCCUAUUCGUGAAGACCUCGCCGUGGUUGCCUCUAAGGAUCAACUCGAGCGAGACCUCGGCCGCGCUGCCCUCCUGGAGCUGAAAAGACACGGGCUGAUGAUCGAGGGGCUCCGUGUCAACACCGUGUUCCUUGGCGGGCUCACCCGCCUCACCAAGCGCACCAAGGCUUUCGCGACCGUUCGGGCGGGGGGGGGGAAGCCCGAAGGUGGUCUGCUGUCCGCCGAAGAACAUCUUGCUCAGGCCAAGAAGGACCAAGAAGCGAAGCAGGCAGCUGAGGAAGCAAAGGCGGCACGCGCGGAGGCAAGGGCAACGAAGGAGGCCAACCAACAAUCUGGAGCAGUUGGUGGGCGGGGCGGCGGGCAGGGCGGCGGGCGGGGCGGCGGGCGGGGCGGCGGGCGGGGCUUCGGGCGGGGCGGCGGGCGAGAGGGGGGGAGAGGUGGAGGGCGCGAGGGUGGGAGAGGUGGAGGGCGGAGCGGGGGGCGUGGCGAAGGACGGGGCGGGGAACAGGACGGAGGGCGGGGAGAGAGGAGCGUGAGGGUUGAGCUAAGCGGGACGCGGACGGCGAUCAGGGGGCGCGGUGGCGGUGGGCGAGAGGGGCGUGGCAGAGGACAGGGUGGCCAGGACCGCACCACUGGUGCUCGUGGAGAGCAAAUGGGGGCGGGAGGGCGGGGGGGGGACGAGGGGAGAGGUGCUCCCGUCCAAGGAGGAGCGGGACGGCCGAGAGGGGCGGCGGUUCCCUUGGUUCACCCGCCGCCGUCGGCGGCUCCCAUUUCUUCCCGAGGACGGCAGCGGAUCCCGACACCAAUCGUUGAUGUUUAGACCAGGGCAGAUGCUUUGCGGUUGUUGUUGUUUUUCUGGGCUACUAUUGUCUAGGCGGUGGAUGAAUUAGACUAUACGAGUAAAGCAGAAGAUUAGGUGGUUUGUGGGGGCAUGUGGAGAUGGUUAGGGUGCACCCCAGCAGCGCGGGGGGGGCGGGGGGGUUGAUACCGGGAAACCCGGGGAUAUGGUAAUUUUGUCCCCGGGCAUGCAUGUUUUUUUUUUUUUUUUGCAACAGCGUUUCUUGUGAUAAAACAAACCUACACACCAAAGGGCGUCUUGUGGGAAUGUAAGAUGACUGUGAAAAAAGGGAAAUGGCCUUGGGGUUCUUGCGGAGAAUUAUAGCGGUAGCGGCCGGGUCAAGGGGUGCCUGUUUGAACGGGCAUUACAUCACAUGCGCGAAGUUUUUCGUCCUAAUUUUUUUUUCUUGAGUCUGUAUAUGAUCAGAUUAGACCCACUGUGCAAUAAUCUCUUAGUUUUGGCUCUUUUCAUGUGUGCAGCACCGCCGUACGGUCAAAAAUGGGGUAAAAUCCGUCCCCGAUUUCAGGCGGAAAACCCGGGGAUGUGAGGAUUUUGCCCCCGGGCGUGGAUCGAUUCAUUUUUUUUUUUCCUAAACGGAUAUAUGUUGCGACAGACGUAUCUCCACAAAAAAUCAGAUCAUGAAACGCUUCAGAACGCACGAAAGCAGCUACAAAGCUAAAGUGUUCGUUAAUUGGGGGGGGGGGGUGUUUUCCUGCAUU